CCUGUGCAGGCUGAGCUCAGAGGGAGCCCUUGGAAGCUGCCAGAAUGAGAAGACGGAGCGGGUCCCGUGACGCUCCUUCCCGGAUCUCCUCCCCAGCUUCGCCAGGGAAGCGGCCGCUGCUCUGGGACGAGGCGCCAGCAUGCAGCACAGCCCCGCGCCGGCCGUGCUGGUCGCCAGCAGGCCUGUUCAAAAUGCCCACACGGGAUUAGAUCUGUCAGUCCCUGAGUACCAGGAGAUCCGGGGGAAGAUGAUGUCUGGCCAUGUGGAAUAUAACAUUGUGGUUGUUACCCAACUGGCUGCGUUCAAAUCAGCAAAGCACAAACCAGAAGAUGUCAUUCAGUUUAUGGUCUCAAAGAAAUACAGCGAGAUUGAGGAAUUUUAUCAAAAACUGGUUUCAAGGUAUCCACAAGCAUCUCUGCCUUCACUGCCAAGGAAAGUGUUGUUUGUCGGGGAAUCGGACAUUCGAGAGCGAAGAGUUAUGUUCAAUGAGAUCAUGCGAUCCAUUUCCAAGGAAGCAGAUCUUGCAAUGAGCCCUGAGUUACUGGAAUUCCUAGCAGGAACCAGAUCUGCUAGUGUGGUUGACUUCAAGGGUAAAAACCUUCCUGAUAAGGAAGAGGAAGAAAAUGAAGCUUUUGAUUUCUUCAGAGAGGAAGGAGCGUCUGACAUCAUUCCCCAGUUCAAGUCCUCGAAAGAGCAAGGAGUUAAAAGUACAAAAGAAGAAGAGGAUGAGGAAGAGGACGAUGAUGUCGACCCUCUUGGCGUGAUCAAAUCUAAAAAGACCAAGAAGCCCUUGCUCUCUCCUGUCAGAGAAAACCAGCCCAAGUUAACAAUUUUUGAUGAAGAAUUGGAUCCAGAUGAUGAGCUGUUCGGCUCGGCUAAAAAAUUUUCGUUCACUGGCAACAAGAGGAUAUCGUCAGCCAAAGAAAAUCUGAAAUUAUUUGAAGAUCCUGACCUUGGUGGAAUGGUAAUGCUAGGUGACUCCCUACUGUUGCCAACAGCUUGUGUGAGCAGAGAACAGACCGUAUCCUCUACCCUUGAAGAGGACACCAGUGAACUGUUGAGAGUGGAAGAGGAUUUUGAGAAAAUGUGGAACUUAAGCGCUAAACCUAAGCCCAAACCAAAGCCCCAAGUGCCUCCUAAGCCAGCAGUACCAAAGAAGCCGACAGUGGAUUCAAAAGUUCCAGUAUGCACAGCCUCCAAGGUAAAGUCAACAGAAGUGAAGGCACAAAGCAUGGGAGAGGUGGACAUUCUUAAGUACAUUCAGGAAAACGAAUCCCGGGGCAGUGAAGAACCGAGCCUGUUCUGAAACAUCUACUGUAGACUCGCCGCUUCAACCUUGACAGGCCCUUUCUCAGGAAGAAGUCUUCUCAGCCUGCUGAACGGGGACAACAGGUCUUGACUGGAGUUUUGGGUUGCCCCUUUGCCUGCUGGUCCAAUAGAACAGGUGUUUGGCUUGGCAGUCUAUAAAGCAGUAGAUUAAUGAACUGGGUAUGUUUUUACUAUAGAGCAAUUAUGGAUUAAUCAAUGAUGCCUUAUUUUUAAGAGAGUUUGAAGAGCUGGGUGGAAAUUGCAUUAAAAUAAGUGCAGUGAUUUUUUCUGCACUUCGGUUGCAGAUCAAGGCAUGGCCACAUUGUGCAUAUAGCAGAGCUUUGUACGAACCGAUUAUUCAGCUGAGAGGGUAGAUGCUAUAAAGGGAACAGACCAUAUUGUAAUGGUGGGUUUGUAACAUUGGGGAAAUAAUGCAUUUUUAAAAAUGGGACUAGUUGUACUUCUUCCUUUUGAAAGGACUUGCUGGAAAACAUGCAAUAAAAAUUCCACCUCCCUCCCUGCCCCCAUUGCUGUGAUUGGCUUAUUAAGAACAUAAGAGAAGCCAGU